AUGGGUUGUACUCAAUGUCGAUCAGGUAUGUUAUAUGCUAUUUGUAGUGAUUUAUUAAUUACUGGUGCUACACUAAGACAUCCACAGACAUUGAAAAACAAUACAAGUACACGUAAACAGCUAUAUGCUGGUUACGAAAUUGUAGCUAAAGAUUCAUUACAAGAUAAAGCACACGCUUUAGUACCUGAAACCAGUUUAACAUUAAGUCUUCUUUGUGAUUUAAUCAAUUUUUGUGGUCCUGCUAUAGAGUAUAUAAGCCACCCAUCAGUUACAUCGAUCAACACUUUGUCAGUUCCAUAG